AUGUCACCGCCUUUGACCUCGACAGAGAACUUAGUCCAGUCCUAUUUUAACCAUCUUCGUGCCAUUGUAGAAGCUUACAGAUCAAAAGGUCACAUCACUGAUGCAAGAAACUUGGAAACUUGCCUUAAUGAUCUUGUAAGUGAUAAAGAUCUUAUGAAUGCUGAUCUUGAAAAUCAAGCCCUCAAGCAUUUCAAAAGCAACAAAGUUGUUAUGCAAGAUGUCUGCAUCAUGCUCAAUUUCGUACAUUUUCUCUACCCUGAUAUCUAUUAUAAUUCCAGAGAAUUCACUAAACACAAGCAAGUGACAAUUCUUGGUCUUCAAAAAAAUUGGAAAAAGUACGGCGAUUUGUUCUCCCAAAUCAAAUAUCACAAAUUCUCACGAACUUGGGGUUCAUCUGUUGCUUCAUCAACAGACUUUUUCCAAUUAACAUCUCCAGAUGAAAGAGCAAACUUCUUUCACCAAUGUGAUCCCAAUAUUGUUAAAGUCAUUUCAUACGAGACCAACGACGCCAAUCUCCUUGGUUCAUUUUACAUUACGGUCAUCAAUUUCAAAAAAGGUUAUGACUUUCAAUUUGCCUACUGCGUUACGGCUCCACACGUAAUUCAGUGUUUUACAAAAGAAGAAGUUUAUUCCAAACAAACAGCUACACAAAUUGAAGGACCGCCUGUUACUACCCCUGAAACUUCCAAAGACGCAAAUCCUCAAAGUGACGCACAACAAGCUCCUCAAGAACGUAUUUCUGAAGAAAUUUCCGAUUUUCGAAAUUCAGUUGCAGUUGAGCCUUCAAGUGAUACCCUUGGACUGCCCCAAAGCACAGAUCAUGAAAUGAUUUCAGAAACACCUUCAAAUACUAACUCUAAUGGAGACGUAUUUGAUCCACUUCAGAAUGAUUAUGAAUAUACAGAGAAUUUUUUUAAUGUUACAAAUACCAACAACAUGUUUCAAAUGGAUGAUGAGUUCUCCUUAUUUUGA